AUGCGAUGGUCUGACGAUCGCGCUGAGUCUCUUCGCGGGAGACCACCGAAGACAGACAUUGUUGUUACUCUAAAUAAGGUCCGAAGCCUUGCUAUUUAUAUUAAUGCUAGCCCUCAACGACGAGAAACCUUCUACAACCUUCAGAUCGGGGAUGAAAAGCUUGCUCCUAUCCAGGAUGUGAAGACUCGGUGGAAUUCGAUAUUCUUGAUGCUACGGCGUGCAAAACGGCUACAGUCGACUUUUGAUGAGUUCUGCGCGCAAUACGAUCAAUCCUAUUUUGCGGUCAGCCGAGAAGAAUAG